AAGAGGAGCUCAACGCGCCCAUUCGAAUAGAAACGACCAAAACGAAAAGUUCUAAACGACGAAUGCCCGGCAUAACCUGAUAUUAAUACAGGAUGAGUGUGCCGAUGGCUUCUACGAAAAAUUACAUGAACGAAUUGUUUGGGACACUGCUGGUACUGUCCGCAUUGUUAUCAACGGCGUCAGCAAUAGACUGUCAUGGGAAAUCUUUCCAUUGCGUGAACUCCACCCACUUCAUGAUAUGUGUGGACCUAGGGGGCGGAGUCUCCCAGGCAAUAGACAACUUCUACAUAGCCUGCCCUCCUCCGACGGUUUGUCAGGGAACAAACCACUUUGAAUGCGAGUUUCCAGCACCAACAACACCUAGCACUAUAAGCAACGUCAUUAAUGAAACCACACUUCCGUGGGAGGAGAUAAUAACUUCUUCUUCUUUGGAUAACACAAAGAAAGAGUUUUCUGAAAAUUACAUAAAUACAGAGAGGGCUACAACUGUAGAAUACAGUGUUACUACUGAUACAACCGUGGAUGUUACUACAAGAACAGCGUCGAACUUUUACAUCAAUAAUGGAUUAAAUGUGACAGAAAUUACACCAACUAUAGUUGCAGAUAUUACAACAUCUCCUAUAGAAACUAUAUCACAGACUAUAAGCGAAGACCGAAGUAUAACAGAAACUAUAUUAACAACUGAAGGUGUUACAACGAAUGUCAUAGAAAUUGUAACAGAAACUACAGCCGAAACUAACAAUCCAACAAAAACUGAUCUAGUGAUCGCUGGUGAAGAAAACAACAAAAAGGCUAUAAAUAUUAAUACACAAACUACAACCGAAAAUAUUGACAUUACAGAAACUGUAACAACAGAAUCAAGUCCAAUAACUACAGAACAAAUAUUACAAACAACGACUGACAACCCUCUCGAGGUAGAUACGUCUUACCUAUACACACAAUUACCACAGGUCCUUACUAUGAUUCAGAACGAAAAUGUAACAAACAAUACUUUGUUAAAAAAAUCUUCCGCAGAAAAAAAUAAAUCUACUAACGAUAAAGGAAAAAAUAAUUCCCCACAAAUUGGUGGUAAUAAUGUAAAACAAAAAAAAUAUACGGUGGAUGCACAAAAUGCUAAAGAUACAACGAAUUUAGAUAAAGCAUCUGUUCUUGAUACAGUAGGAAACGCCCCGAGAUCUGAGCAACCAAAAACGAUAUACGAAGAAAUCUUUACAACAGACUCUACUCAAAACACUGAGAUAGUAAAUCUCGACAUAGUAACUACAGAGGUUAUACCAAGUAGUAACAUUGAACUAGGCACUACUCAAGCACCAUCAUUGACACUAAGUUCUGCAGACACACCAACUGUAGACGAAGCAUAUACUACUGAAACAGUUCAAAAAGUUCCCACUUCUGAGCAUCCUACAACAAUAUACGAAGAAAACCUUAGAAAAGACUCGACUCAAAACAUUGAAACAGUAAAUCUAGACAUUGUAACAACAGAGGCUGUGAAUAUACCUCUUCCACAUAGUGACGUUCAACUAGUCACGACUCAAACACCAUCAUUGACACAAAGUUCUGCAGACACAACGACUGUAGAUGGAGCAUAUACCAUUGAAACAGUCGAAAACGGUCCAAUUUCUAAGGAUCCAACUACAAUAUACGAAGAAAACUUUACAAAGGAUACUACUCAAAAUAUUGAAACAGUAAAUCCCGACAUUGUAACUACAGAUCCUAUAAAUAUACCUUUUUCAAAUAGUGAUGGUCAACAAGUCACGACUUACGCACCAUCAUUGAUCACGCAAAGUUUUGCAGACACAACGACCCUAGAGGGAGCAUUUACUAUUGAAACAGUCGAGAAUGCACCCAGUUCUGAUCAACCAACAACAGUAAAUGAAGAAAAAAUUAUAAAAGACUCCACUCAAAACAUUGAAACAGUAAAUCUGGACAUUGUAAUUACAGAGGCUGCGAAUAUACCUUUAUCAAAUAGUGAUGAUCAAACAGUCAUGACUCAAGCACCAUCACUGUCGCAAAAUUUUGCAGACACAACGACUCUAGACGGAGCAUUUACUAUUGAAAUAGUAGAGAACGCGCCUAGUUCUGAGCAACCAACAACAAUAUACGAAGAAAACUUUACAAGGGAUACUACUCAAAAUAUAGCUACAGUAAAUCUCGACGUUGUAACUACAGAACCUAUAAAUAUACCUUUUUCGAAUAGUGAUGGUCAACAAGUCACGACUUACGCACCAUCAUUGACGGAAAGUUCUACAGACACAACGAUUUUAGAUGGAGCAUAUACUAUUGAAACAGUCGAAAACGCGCCUAGUUCUAAGGAUCCAACUACAAUAUACGAAGAAAAUUUUACAAAGGAUACUACUCAAAAUAUUGAAACAGUAAAUCUCGACAUUGUAACUACAGAUCCUAUAAAUAUACCUUUUUCGAAUAGUGAUGGUCAACAAGUCACGACUUACGCACCAUCAUUGACGCAAAGUUCUACAGACACAACGACUCUAGACGGAGCAUUUACUAUUGAAACAGUCGAGUAUGCACCCAGUUCUGAGCAAGCAGCAACAGUUAAUGAAGAAAAAUUGAUAAUAGACUCCACUCAAAACAUUGAAACAGCAAAUGCCGAUAUUGUAACUACAGAGGCUGCGAAUAUAACUUUUUCAAAUGGUGAUGAUCAACUAGUCAUGACUCAAGCACCAUCAUUGACACAAAAUUCUGCAGACACAAUUCUUGAUACAGUAUUUACCAUUGAAACCGCCGAGAAUAAUUUAACUACCGAACAACCAACUACGAUAAAUGAACAAAGUUUGACAAUCCAUACUACUCAAAAUAUCGCGACAGAGAAUAUUAUUCCUAACAGCAAAGCACUAAAUGGAGACAUCAUGACUACAGAAACUAUUUAUCAGUCUUCUACAAUGAUAAACGAUCAAUCAGUUAUGACUGAAAAAUCACAUGUGACAAAGACAACCGUGGAAUUGGUUACCAGUACUGAGCAAACACCUAUGUUACAUGAGGAAAAUCGGACAGCGGUAACUUCUGAAAACGUUGCUAGCCAAAAAGUACCAAUUGCAAUUGGUCACACUCAGUCUGUAACAUCAAAACCACAAGAUCCAGAAUACGUAAAGCAAGAUGUAACAAUGACAGCUGAAAUCUUUGAGAAUGGUGCCAAUAAGGAACAACCAAUUACGACAAAUGAAAAAAGCUCAACAACGGGUACUAUACAAAAUGUUGCAACAGAAUAUAAUCUUAUUCCAACUAGACAUUCAGUAAAUUUUGAUAUAACAACGGAGGUCGUGUAUACACCUACCACAAUAAAUAAUGACCUUAUAAUUCAAGUUGCAUCAGAAGAUUAUAUCUCGACUAAAACUCAAGUACUGACAGAUACAACAGUAGACGGUACGAAGGUUGAUGGGGUAUUCACUACAGGAGUAGUAGGUAAUGGUGACAGUACAAAUAAAAUAAAAUUAAUAAAUAAAGAAAGUGUGGCAACAGAUACUACUCGAAGUAUUGACUUAAUCAACCUUCCAACUGAAACCGUGAAUUUAACUACAAUAAUUAGUAAUGCUCAAUCUGCUUUUGAAAAUAAUAUGAAAACUGAAGGUCCAUUACUGCCAUCUGAAAACAUAGUAUCUACACAGGAAGUAAAUAAGGAAGCCGAUUUUAUAACAGCAAAACCAAUCAAUAUUGAGCAGAUAAUAGCGAAAUUACCUGAGGAGAAACUUAUUCCUAAGGAUGAAUUAGAAAUGGCUAUAGUACAAACGACAAACAACAAUUACGCAAAUGCAGAACAUGAUAUUGAUGGCUCUCAGCAAAAAAGCAAAACCGAAUUUUUAGGUCCCAAAAGUGAAUCAAACGAUAUUCCCAAUCAAACUUAUAACAGCCAAAAAGGCGAAAGUGAAACAAUACGAGUGCCUAAUCAUGUGCAAUAUAGUAAAUUACAACCAAGCACCGUAGAAGGUCAAGAUCAGACAGUAAAUAUAAAUUGGAAUCCUUUCGACAAUUAUUUGAUCGACAAAUCUAAUCAAAAUUCACAACUUACAGGCAAGUCUGAUGUCACAAACCUAAACAUCGAACGAAACGAUGCAAACGUGGUUAGUUCUGAUACAGAGUUUAUGCCUCAGCAACAUAUUAUAUCGGCAUUACCUGCAACUAAUCCCAUUCCCGCUGAAAUUAAUACUGGUAAACAAAGCUAUAACGCUACUACUGUAACCCAGAGAUCAAACGGUUUUCUGAUUACAAAUAGACUUCCAGAAAAUAUAAUUAAUGUGAACAGCGAACCUGAAGUCGCCAGUUUACCUACACCAGAGCCCGUAACCCGGGUUAAAGAACAUUCUACUUAUUUGAAAACCAACACAUUAGCAAGUGGUGGAUCAGUUACCUUGUCUUCGUCAAAGACUGCACCAAAAAAUGCAAAAGUUGCUGAUACUACAAUACUGGAUAUUACCAUACCUAAGUUAUUUGGCCCUAUAUCAGACUCUACAGUUGACGAAAUUGGCAGCAAAGUUAAGGAGAUUGGGAGCAACGCUAAAGUUUCCUCGAAUAAGAAAGAAGUUGACAACUCCAAAAACAAUAAAGAGGCAACUGUUGUUGAUACUAAAAUACUGGAUAAUACGCACAAUAUUGAAAACAUACAUAACUUAUUUAGCCCCGGGUCAGAAUCUACAGUUGACCAAACUGGCAGCAAUGUCAGGGAGAUUGGAAGCAACGCUAACGUUUCUUCGUAUAAUAAAGAAAUUGAUUAUCCCAAAAACAGUGAAGGUUCAAUAACUGUUUACCUUUCGAAAACUAAACUACAUAACGAUAAAACUGAAUUACAAACCAAUACGCAUGACCUGUCGGAAACGAUUAAUAUGCGAAUAACAACUGAAGGGGAUCACGAUAGAAUCGACGAGUCCAGUAAGCCAGUCAUGUUCAAUAUAUUGCCGUUACCUAUGAAUAAUGUAAAGCUUCGUCCAUCAGUUACCAAUAUACCACUUUUGACGGAUGUGACGUCUAUGACGCAAAACGGAAAUAUUGUCCUUACAACUGAACCAUAUCAAUCAGCAACUAUCUAUCCUACUCUAGUUAACACUCCAAUACAAGCUAGUGUCAAUGGCGUCCAUAAUACAAAUACUCCAACAAUCAAGAACCUACCUACAUUAGAAAUUACCGACAAAGUCAUUAGUUCAAAAAAUCCUAUAUUCGGUGGUUCGACUACUGUAGGCAAUUUGCAUAUUACGAAGGAUUCUACAUUUCCGGAUGCUAAAUCGCGAACUGGGGUCAUCAAUAGAGGCGAUGUUUCUCCACCGCAUCCACUUCGAGUUGGGCAGGUAUCCAUCGGACAAACAAAUACACCUGAUAAUAAUGUAGAUACUAUAUCAGCUAAGGAACAAAAUGUAAAUGAAACCUAUUCCCCUCAGACCUCAAAUGCUAAUGAGAAUGAACCACAAAAAAACAAUUCACCUAUAAAUCUUUCUUUAUCUAUUGCUAUACAAAAGCCUUAUGUAAAUACUGUUCAAACACUUUCUCAAUCGGUGACCCCAAAUCCAAUUUCACCAGUCACAAAGCAAGUUGCAAAUGAAGUGGCAAUACCCUUUACCUGCGUCAAUGGCAGAAGGGGUAGAUAUUCGGACAAGGACGAUUGUAGAAAAUUUUACAUUUGUGUUGGUAUCAAUCAACCCGUUGUUGGUAACUGUCCCGAAAACACCGUGUUUAGUGACAUUAGAAAACUAUGUACUAAAAACUUGUCUCAUUGUAUACGACAUAAUGAGUUCAAAUGCCCAUCAGUGGGCAGAUUCAGCGACUUUAUGAAAGACAAUGUUUAUUACAUUUGCGUCGAUCAUAAGGACCACUUGUAUAGAUUCAAAUUUCAAUGUCAAAGUGGCUACAUUUUUAACAAAACAACAGUGAAAUGUAUAGAGUCAAAGGAGAUAGAGUCCAAUGAAUCAGUUUCGAUCUCUUCAAGUGAUAACAGUAGUCAAACGGGUAGCACGAGUGCUGCUAGUCGCAGUAUAAAUAACAACAGUGUCAGCACUAGUAGAAUCAGCAAUAACAGCAGUAGCGAUGAUAGUAGUAAGACCGAUGACGUUUCAAUGACUAAAAAUACCAACGAGGAAGAAACGCGCGAAAAAUCAGAAGGAAACGAAGAUGACGAGGAAGAUGAAGUGUUUAAAUGUAAAAAGGAAGGUAAAUUCCCGAUUCGUAAUGAAUGCAGGCGAUUCUACUUAUGCAAGAAACGGAAAUCAGAGUACCGGCGGAAGAUAAAGAAAUGCGGUUCGGGCCGCGUGUUCGACAAGGAUAAGAAACGGUGCGUGGACGCAGACAGCUACGAGUGCUAACACCCUAGAGUCCCUAUAUCUUGGUACAAUACUAUUGAUCUGUUACGUGAUAUUAGAUAGAGAGACUUUGAGUCCUAUAGGUACAAAAGUUAUGUUUAUACCUAAUUUAUUCUAUUGUUACAAUUUUGUUUCUACUAAUAUUAUAAAACUGUUAUUUUUACACUGACGUUAUUGUAAGAUUUAUUACAUUAUUAAUAAAACAAAUUAACAAA